AUGGCAGUCAAAAUGCUGCCCACUAACAGUUCCGGUGUCCUGGCAACCGAUCUGCAACUGUUUCACAAUGAGAAAUUCCUUUUAAAUCUGACACAAGUGCUGAACAUCUCCGCGGACAACCUGACGAGCCUUCUUCAGGGGCUGGAGCCGGAGGAGCUGCUGCCCACGAUGACCUCGAUGACCCCACUUUCCCUGCUGGCCACCCUGAGUGUGGGCUAUGCCCUCAUAUUUAUCGCCGGCGUUCUGGGCAACCUCAUCACCUGCAUCGUCAUUUCGCGGAACAACUUUAUGCACACGGCCACAAACUUUUAUCUAUUUAACCUGGCUAUAUCCGACAUGAUUUUGUUAUGCUCAGGAAUGCCGCAGGACCUCUAUAACCUCUGGCACCCGGAUAAUUAUCCCUUCAGCGACAGCAUCUGCAUAUUGGAGAGCGUUCUAUCGGAAACGGCGGCCAAUGCGACAGUUCUGACCAUUACCGCAUUCACAGUAGAGCGAUAUAUUGCCAUUUGUCAUCCGUUCAGGCAGCACACGAUGUCCAAGUUGUCACGGGCGGUAAAGUUCAUAUUUGCCAUCUGGAUAGCCGCCCUAUUGCUGGCCCUGCCCCAAGCCAUCCAGUUCUCCGUGGUGAUGCAGGGCAUGGGAACAUCGUGUACGAUGAAAAACGACUUUUUCGCCCAUGUGUUUGCUGUGUCGGGCUUCCUGUUCUUCGGCGGACCCAUGACGGCCAUCUGCGUGCUCUAUGUCCUCAUCGGGGUGAAGUUGAAGCGGAGUCGACUGCUGCAGGCGCUUCCCAGGCGAUGUUACGAUGUGAACCGGGGGAUAAGCGCCCAAACGCGAGUCAUCCGGAUGCUGGUGGCGGUGGCCGUGGCCUUCUUCAUCUGCUGGGCCCCCUUUCACGCCCAGCGGCUGAUGGCGGUCUAUGGAUCCACCUCGGGCAUCGAGUCCCAGUGGUUCAACGACGUGUUCAGCAUCCUCGACUAUACGUCCGGUGUUCUCUACUUCCUCUCAACUUGUAUUAACCCGCUGCUCUACAACAUCAUGAGCCACAAGUUUCGUGAGGCUUUCAAGGUAACUUUGGCCAGACACUUUGGACUGGGUGGCAAAAAUCAGGGAAGGGGGCUUCCUCAUACCUACAGCGCUCUUCGGCGCAAUCAGACUGGCUCAUUGCGGCUGCACACGACGGACAGCGUUCGCACUACAAUGACUUCCAUGGCGACGACCACCACAGGGCUAAACGGUUCUGCCAAUGGCAGUGGCAAUGGAACGACUACAGGUCAGUCGGUGCGCCUGAACCGCAUGUCCUUGGACAGCGUCCAGAUGCAGGGUCAGAAUCGCACCCGGCAAGACCUCUCCGAUAAUCCGCGUCGAAUGCUCCAGACGCAGAUAUCGCAGCUGUCAUCGGUGGGCGAUGCCCAUUCCCUCUUGGAGGAGGAUUUGCAGUUUCCCGGGGAGCCGCUGCAGCGCCAGCCCACGAUGUGCUCCAUUGACGAGCUCACAGAUGACUUGGCCAUCUCGCGGUCACGCCUCAAACUUACGCGCAUCACCCGCCCACUGGGCGCUGGGGCGGGAGGCGUGCCAGGAGGCGCCACAACUGGGGGCUCGAGGCCAGGGGGCGUGAGCGGUGACGAGUCGAGUGGCAAAGUGCGCAAGGCGAAAGUGAAAGUGCUCAAGAGCUCAAGCGCGUUCAAGGGUCUCGGGGCCAAAUUCAAUUGGCGUGCCAGACGCAAAGGCAGCCACAAACCGCACGAAAAGGGAGCGACGGUGAAUGGAGACGACAAUGAAGAGCGGGCCGCCUUUUAA